GAGGUGAGGGCGGGUGGCGCUGACAGUUGGUCGGUUCUCUGGAGGGCCGUCGUCCACAGCCUCCUGGCUCAACCCCGGAGACCCCAAUGUGCUCCGUGUCUCCCGUCCCACACGACUUGGGCCCUGGGACCGCGGGCCACGUGAGGCCCGGACCCGGUCCGCCCAAGGCCCUCGACACGGGGAGCCCGCUGGACGCACAGAGCGGAGAAAGCCAAGGGUUUGCUUCCGAGGGGAGAGGGCUCGGCGGCAAGGAAGCCCUGGUCCCGCGCCCAGGGACCUGGCCCGCCCAGAUCCUGGCCCUCGGAGGCCCCCGACCCUCAGCCCGCACUCAGCUCUGCCUCCGCUGAGCUCACGAAGUCCGCUGGGAAGUCCCGGGUUCCGUACCGUGGGGCCCUGUCCCCGCCUCCCCCCAGAGUGUCCCCCUGGUCGGGCUACUUCUCUUGGUCGCGGUGGAGUCCCCGGCCUUGCGGGCGACAGGAGAGCGACUUUGGGAAGCGGGAGCUUUCCCUGCAACACAGCGUGUGCCUGGCAGGCGAUCUCUCCCUGGCCGGCCCUGCCUGCCCUGUAACACGGGGGUGGCGUGUGCUCCGCCCUCCCUGUCCCUCCCGGACUCGUUCCUUCGCUUUGGGAGUCGCGCCCCAGAGCGGUGGAGGGCUCAUCUGUGGCUGAUCUGCCCACUACAGUCGAGCAGCUGAACGGAGCCGGGACGGAGGCCACCACGCCUGUGCCACCACAGGGCCUCUCAGUGCCCCGUUGUCUGCCCAGGCGUCCCUGACAGGCAGGUGAGAGGAGGGCCUUCAGGGGCGGCGGUCCUCGGUCCCUUCCUUUGAAGGACACAGUUCUCAAAGCUGACCCUGCCGCCUGCCCAGGGGCAGUGGGCCUACAGGACAGACCGGCUCUGAACGCACUCGAUCAUCAGAAACGAACUUCUUGGGCUGUUUUGGUCUAGGUGUGGGUGCCUUGGGACACAUGGCCGAGGCCGGGGCAGGACAGCCCCUGGAGGCCGAGCAAGGGACAGAGUAUGACGCCCUGCCUUCUGACACCGUGUCCCUCAGCGACUCAGACUCUGACUUCAGCUGGCCUGGCAGUGCCAUGAUGGACGCUGUGUCCCCAGGGGGGCCGCCCAGCGAGGCCCGGGGAGACUCAGACCGCGGCGAGCCCGCCUCGUCCCCCAGGGGCCGCCCCUCGGCCUCGGCGCAGCCCUUCCACCUGAGGGGCACCAGCUCCACCUUCUCCUGGCGCAGCCGCAACAUCUUUGACUUUCUGGAGCAGCUUCUGCCGGGUGACGGUGGGGGCUUCGCCGGGCCGCCGGCGCCCUCGAGCCAGCCCCCAGCGGAGGGCCCAGGCAGAGGCGGCCAGAGCCCUUCCCCCCCGAAGCUGCCCCCCGUCCCUGACUAUGUGGCCCACCCUGAGCGCUGGACCAAGUACAGCCUGGAAAACGUGGCCGAGGCCAGCGAGCAGAGCAACCGGGCCGCCGCAUUGGCCUUCCUCGGCUCCAAGAGCCGGGCUGCCCCCGGCAACUACAGGCCCUCUUUCAACCAGGACCCCUCCAGCUGCGGGGAGGGAAGAGUGGUCUUCACCAAACCGGCCCGAGCCGGCGAAGCCAGGCCUGAGAGGAAGAGGGCCUUGAGGACGGCUGGAGAGCCAGGCGGGGCUGCCCCUGGGGGCCCGGGAGCGGCAGGGGGCGAGGGGCCGGUGGAGCUGGCCCACCUGGCCGGGCCUGGGAGCCCGGAGGCCGAGGAGUGCAGCAGCGCCCCCCGGGACCUUCCGGGGAUGGCCAGCGCCGGGUCCGAAGCAGGGCCGCCCGGGGCGGAGACCGUUGGCUUCCAUUGCAGCAGGAAGCGGAGCAGAGACCAUUUCCGGAACAAGAACAGCAGACCUGAGGCCCCAGAUGCUGAGGGCUGAGACGUCUCCAGCUGGCCGGGGAGGGCGGCCAGGUCUCUGCCCCUCCUUGGGGUGAAGGGGGCUCGGGUCCCCACCCCUGUGGAAAGGGCCUGCAGGCUGCCAGUAGGAGGGACCAGCACCCUGGGCGGGGGCUCCGGAGUGGUGUCUGACGCAGCAGCUUCCCUGUGGGUGGCAAAAGCCCUGGCCCACCGUGUGCCCACGGGGCACCAAUAAAGGCUUGGGUGCUCCUCAG